AUGGCCGCCUCCCCGAGCUCGGUCGCCGCGACGUCGGACAUUGAGCCUCCGAGCUCUCCGGCUGCCAACGAAGGCAAGUCCUUUGUCUCGCGCGCGGCGUCCGAUGACGAGGACACGCGGAUGGCCGACACGCCCGAGGUCGGCGAGCGGCCCGCUAGAGGCCGGGGCAAAGGCUCCCAAAACAAGGACGGCCAGCAACACAUUGGCAAGAUCAGGCACCUCAAAAAGGAGGACGGCGAGCCUCUCUGGCGAGAGGACAUUCAAUACGACUUCCUCAAGGCCGUCUUCGACAACGAGCAGAAAGUCUUUACCAACUCAUACGACCCCGAUGGCCUCGGCAAGCAGAAUUUUGCCGACCUGUACAUCGACACCAUGUCGCGAAGCAGCAAAACGAGCAAGGUGCUUCGCGACAAGCUGCUUAGUGAUCGCGAGGCCGCCAAAGGCAUGGCCAUGGUGUGUUUGCUCGUCAACGUCGGCCGGAUGAAUACUACGCUGAACUUCUUUCCUGAAAUGCGCGCGCAACUGCGCACGUAUCACGCGAUUCCCUCCUUGCAGGCGCACCAAGACCCUCACGCCUACAAGCAGCUGCAGGACGCGCCCAGACUGAAGUCGAUUCUGAAGGGCGGAGCAGAGGACAGGGAGGAGCCGAACUCGCUUGACAAGAUCAAGCGGAUCGACGACCCGCCGCGGACAAAUCCCGUGAACCUCAUCUUCGUCAUGUGCAGUGGGGCACAAAAGGUUGCCGAGCUGCACUUUCCAGACGACCACGAGUUCCACGACCUCAUCAUGAAGACCAAAUAUUCCAGUGCAUCUCGUGCCCGGGCUUUCCUUUGGCUCAUGUGGUUCUACCUCGAAUCGGACUUCACAGAGGAGGGCUGCGAAGAGAACCCGUUCGGUCCGGGUGUCGACUACGGGCUUGACGUUGCAAACCAGGGUGUUCCCGAGCUGGAGCUGAUGUCAGACGAGGAAAAGGCCAAGGAGAACGUCGACACGCAGGAGGAAAUUGAGUUUGGCCGGGAGAAGCAAAAGACGCGUGCCAAGAUCCUGGAAGCCGACCAGGCUUAUCUCAACGAGCGGGAAACGAAGCGUGGCAAGAUGCGAGCACAUCUAAACGACGAUGGACCGGCCAUUCUACCUCGCAUCAGGCCCUCCAAGCAUGAAUCCGACAUGGACAGCACCAGAUCUACGCCGCCUCCCCGCGCACUCGGCAGAGGUGGGGGCCCAGGCCGACGAGGACUUCCCCUUAAGUAUCAGAUCUUCGAAGGCUCUUCGCCUGCCCGCCACGGUUCUGAGGGCGUAGUGGCCAGAAAGCCGCGCCCGCCCACCGCUCAUCAGCUGGCGGUGGAAAGGAACCGCAACGAGCGAGUCGAGUAUAUCCUGGAUCGCGGCCUGCGCAAGCGGCACCACAAGAGCCGCAAAGUGCGCAGGCAGGACGGCGCAAUCUUUCGGGCUUACAGGCGGCUGCAGGCUCAAGAUGAUCCCUUUGAGGACAGCGACGCCGAUGACGAUGGCCCGCAUAACCUCCCCCUGCGUGGUGAGAAAGGGGCCACCGCAUUCCGGGAGACGGGAAUCGGCGGCCUGGCCCUCUUGAACACGGAAGACGAUGACUAUGGCGAGGAGGUCAGCUCCUACGCUGCUGCACUCCGGCGAUCGAUGCGGCGCAUGACUCGCUGGAGAGGCCACGAACAGGAGCUCGGUAUCGUGGCACCGGUCAAGAAGCGCAAGCUCAAUGGCGAGGCUGUAAACGGCGAGGUCAAGGGCGCUGGAGCUGCUCCACUGGCAGCGAGCAACGGCGACGCGAAUGGGGACGUUGCAAUGGAGGACGUGGACGAGGUGGACCAGACGGCACUGCUGGACGACGACGACCCCGACAAGACGGAGAUCAUGGGAGACUCGGACAUGGAGUGA